CUUCCUCCUCUUCCUCUCUCCACAACAAACAGAAACUCUUCUCACUCUUCACUCUUCUUCUUCUUCCUCCUCCUCUUUCUCUCUCUUCUUCGUAAUGAACCCAUUUCGGCUUGGAGCCGAGGCGCAAUUACUGUUGGGGCUCCUGCGAUAAAUGCGAAUUCAGAGCCGAUCUCUUGGUGAGAGUGACCGUCUCGUUUUUUUCCCUUCGGCUCGGCUUGAGGGGUCGGCUCUAAAGCUUUCAUCUUUGGCUUUGUGGUUUUGCUCAUGAAGAGGCUAGAACUGUUGAUAAUUUUGGUUCUUCUGAGCAUUGCUGCAAAUGCCAUUGGAGAUGGGGAUGGUGGGGCCAGGAGAGAGAGAGACGAAAAAACAAACUUAAUACAAGAAGAGAGAGGGGGUUGUCAAGAUAACAGGGUGUUACGGCCAAGGCCUCACAGUGUCUCGAUUUUAGAGUUUGGAGCUGUUGGUGAUGGCCUCACAUUGAACACUCUUGCCUUCCAAAAUGCCAUAUUCUACCUAAGGUCUUUUGCCGACAAGGGGGGAGCCCAGCUCUAUGUACCUGCAGGGAAAUGGCUAACUGGAAGCUUCAACCUGACCAGUCAUCUCACUCUCUUCUUGGAUAGAGAUGCUGUUAUACUUGGUUCACAGGAUUCAUCUCAUUGGCCAGUUAUUGACCCAUUACCUUCAUAUGGUCGAGGUCUAGAGCUCCCCGGUGGGAGCCAUGGGAGCCUGAUUAACGGCCAGAAAUUGACGGAUGUCGUGAUAACAGGUGACAAUGGAACUAUUGAUGGUCAGGGUUCGGUUUGGUGGGAUUGGUUCAAUUCUGGUUCCUUAAAUUAUAGUCGUCCUCACCUUGUUGAAAUUACAAGCUCUGAAGAUGUUGUGAUUUCGAAUUUAACAUUCUUGAACGCUCCUGCCUGGAGCAUUCAUCCGGUUUAUUGCAGCAAUGUACUAAUUCAGAACAUUGCAGUCCGAGCUGCUCCAAAUUCUCAUACAGAUGGUAUAGUCCCAGAUUCUUGCACAGGAGUUUGCAUUGAGGACUCUGUCGUGAGCGUGGGAAAUGACGCGAUUGCUCUCAAGAGCGGGUGGGAUGAAUAUGGAAUUUCUUAUGGUGCCUCCACUUCUGGGGUCCAUGCCCGCCGCCUAUUUCUCCAUGCCCCAAUGGGUUCUGCUCUAGCCCUCGGCACCGAGAUGUCCGGGGGCAUUUCGGACAUCUUAUUUGAACACCUCUCCAUCUUCAACUCUCGCAAGGGCCUUAGUGUCGCAACAACAAAGGGAAGGGGUGGUUUCGUAAGAGAUGUCCUUGUUUCCAACAUAGAGAUGGAAAAUGUCGAAGUUGCCCUUCGGUUCGAUGGGAACUGUGGGGCCCACCCGGAUGACCGUUUCAAUCCUGAGGCUUUUCCUGCUAUUAGUCGAAUUACGGUGAAAAAUUUGGUGGGCCAGAAAAUUGGGUUGGCAGGAAAUUUGAGUGGAAUCGAGGAGGCUCCUUUCACUGCGAUAUGUUUGUCAAAUGUGUCUCUGUCUACCAAUUCAGAUAGGCCCUGGGCUUGUUCAAAUGUGGUGGGCUAUACUUUGGUUGUAGUCCCAGAGGCUUGCCAAGAGCUAGAGACCCAAUACUCCAAUUCUUCAUCAGUUUGCUAUUCCCUGUCUUCUUUUAAUGGUGGUCAUGCUGAGGCCCUGUGAGUGUGAUGAUGUGUCUUGUUUUCUCUCUCUGGGGAUGGCAUUACACUUGUUCAUUUGUUUCAAACCUAGAGGCCCCAAUCAUCUCCUGUUGUUUCCUCUCUCCUCUCUGUAGAAAAGGCCUCUUGUACAAAAUGCCAUCACCAUUGUUGCAUUUAAUCAUCCAAGAGGUCCUGAUCGUCUCUCUCUCUCUCUCUCACUCUUGUUUUAUCUCUCUAGAAACCCCUUGUACCAUGCUAUCACAGUUCUACAAUGGAUCAAGAAGACCAGGUUGUUGGGUGGAAUAAUUCUUCUCCCUUCCUCUAAUUCUUGAAUAAAUCCUCGGUUAUUUGAUUCCUUUCCCAAUUCAUACCUUCCUUCCUUGAAUGCCAGCCCAGCAGGGGGGGGGGGGCGUUGUUCUUAUUGGUUGUUGGCUAGAGAGCUCUCACCAAUGGGAUGUCAUGUGGUGGGACCUACUGGCCAUUGUGGCACCAUCUGGCAGGCACUUUGUACAGCCUCAUUCUUGAUUCUUGUGUAAGGAAAAAUUUUGGUAGUGUUGGCCUUUCGAGGUAACAUCUCCUUUCUUUAUUGCUUUCUAUUUCUUCAUUUUCUUAUAUUUUUCGAAUAAUUUAGUCCACGUCACAUGGGAUUGAUAGAGAGAGAGAGAGAAAAAAAAGGUUUUGUAUCACUUUCUAUGUUUUUUAUUUUAUUUUUAUGUAUCCCAGCUGGUUGCAUAUGAUUGGAAUAAAGGGGGUCUUUUCUUACA